GCCUCAUAAGCACAACACAAGCACGUGAAAGUCCACCACGACUUCUUUUUCCUCAUGAUGCACCAAGGUUACUCCGAUAUAUACCCUACCUACCAUGCUUUUUCCACAUUGUCUUUCCAUGUAACCAUUUACAUCUCACUACCUUGGGGCAAAAUGCUUCUUAUAUUCAUUCUUUAAUACUCCUUUUGACUUAUUUCGACCAUUUGGGUGGAAGAGAGUGCAUUAGAAUGAUUGAGAGCGAUUUUGGGGACAUUUUGGCUUCUAGUAAGGAUGAUGUAAUCCAGAGUAUUCUUACUGAGGAAGACUUAUACAAAAUUCUUGGAGCACAAAGAUCGGCUUCGGGUGCGGAACUGCGACGAUGUUAUUUAGAACGUUCGAAAAUAUGUCAUCCCGAUAGAAUUCCCUAUCAUCCGCUUUCUACCCGUGCAUUCCAACGUCUAGCCUUCUCAUUCGAAAUCCUUAAAUCCCCCUCCUCUCGUCGAUCUUACGAUUCCGCCACUUCUUUGUCCUCAAUUUCUACUGCCGCUUCAUUACCCACGAAACAUCCUUCUCCACCCUUAGCCUCUGACAAUUUGUUCCGAACCACAGUCUCAUCACUCAUACAUGACUUCCUCACAGGCGACUUCAUUACCAUCCGCUCCCUUCUAUCAUCCCUGAAUACUCAAUACCCUCACCUCAUUAAUACCGACGUUACUUCUUCCAUAGAAGUCGCUUUUAUAAAAGUAAGAGAGUUGGUUAUGAGAGGACGGGUAUGGGCUUUACUGAUAUAUAUUGAAAUGGGGAGGAUAUGGAGGGUUCAGAAGAGGCUGAGAGAGUUAGGAAGAUGGGAUCUAGUGGGAAAAGCGAGGAUGAUGCUUUUAUUAGUAAGGGUGGUGGUGGCUGUACCGGUCAGAGUUGACAGGGCUCUCAAAGCACGCGUUGAAAAAGAGAGAAGGAGAAUGAAAACGGGAUCGGAAACAAAUAAACUGGAUGAGAGACUGGACUCGGAAGAUGAACUCGCGAGGGGUGGAAUUUUGAAUGAGAGGGUUUGUAAAGUAUUGGAGUUUAUUGUUGGGGAAGCGGGCAAUGAUGAAGAGGGAGAGGAUAAUGGUGUUCGGAUUUGAUAUCUCAAUGAUUUGGCUUUGGUAUGAUUUGGGGCUUGGGCUUGGGCUUGGGCUUGAAAUACUUGGAUGUGGGAAAAGGGGAAAUCACACUUUCAGUGGCAUGUUCUAUUACAGGGGAAGUGGCGUUUGGGUAGGAUAUACCAAAGACUAAAAAGAUAUAGUUAUAUUUGUAUUGGAGAAAAGUUCUCUUGUGGAACGAUGCAAUCUCAAGGUGUAAGAAAGGUUCCUAGCUAUACAAUAACGAAACAAGAUCUUUGAGCGUUACGAUUUUGUUCUCGGGGCGGUCAAAACUUCACGGAAAUUAGGCAUGGAGUGCUAUGAAGUACUUAGAUGUGUAACGGGCUAGUGUUUAUAUGUUUUGUUUCUUUAUCUCCUUGAAGAUCAAAUAGUCUUUGGUCGGUGAUCCUGUUAUAUGCAAAAUUUCAUUUCUUACCGCUUGUCUAAUUCUUAGUUUUAGUCUAUGUACUGUCAAAUACUUCGAUUUUGGUGGGUCAAGCUUUGCAGUGUACUUUUCUACAAUUAAAGACUUUGAGUAGUGAUAACCAAGACUCUUAAAAUCAAUUGAAUUGAUGUAUUGAUAUGGGAAUCAUAUCGAGCUGACA